UCAAGAACAUCAUUCAAACGGGGAGGACGUACUUCAGAAAUGUGUAAAGUGCUCUGUUGGGAACAUUGAGUUAUAUUUUUUUCAAAUGUUUCUCCUACCGGAAUUAUAAGUACAAAGCUUAGGAUAGGUUCCACGUCGAGUCGUCGCUAUCAUGGCGUCGGACGAACAAUUUUCACUAUGCUGGAACAAUUUCCACGCAAAUAUGUCAGCAGGCUUUCAUGGCCUGCUGUCGCGUGGAGAUCUCGUAGACGUAACGUUGGCUGCCGAAGGCAGGUUAUUGCAAGCACAUAAAUUAGUUCUAUCAGUAUGUUCUCCCUAUUUUCAAGAAAUGUUCAAAAUGAAUCCAACACAACAUCCGAUAGUAUUUUUAAAAGAUGUUAGUCAUUCUGCACUAAGAGACUUAUUACAGUUUAUGUAUCAAGGUGAAGUUAAUGUUAAGCAAGAAGAAUUAGCAUCAUUUAUUAGUACAGCGGAACAACUUCAAGUUAAAGGUUUAACCGGUAAUCAAAAUGAAGAAAGUUCCACGCCAUCCAAACCAAAGCCGACUUCGAGGCCAGGCCCCAGGUCGUCACAACAAAGACAAUCUGUUAUGACUAAGUUAGAGACUGAUCUAGAUUCUAAGCCCUCCUCAACUCCAGUAGCCGUUAAGAGGCCAAAUAGGCCAUCAAUAGCAUCAAAUAACUCUUCUUCCUCACAAAGUGGACCAGCGAAACGAAAAUGCGUAGAUCCACUGGAAGCAGGUCCCUCUGGUUCUGCAAAAGACGAAUUUGUGACGAUACCAGACGAAGAUGAGAACAAUGCUGUCGCUCCCAAAAUGGAACCAGAGUUUGUUAAUGAGAGUAUGUGGGAUGACGAUGAAGAUGGCACGAACAAUGACGAAACUAAUUACGGAGAGGACGAUUCUAAUAUGGAAAUGACUGGUUUUGAUGGCUCUGCAACUGGAGAUGUUAAUAUUUCUGGAGGUGAAGGUGGAGCAGUCGGCGAUGCACAAGAAACAGAAGCACCCGCCUGGACUUCAGUCUAUUUCGCGAAGCUAGCCGAUGAUGAGGGCAUGAAAUGUAGCCUCUGCGAAGAGGUGUUGAGGGUAGACGAAAAAUCACUGGAAUUACUAAAUCACAUGACGAUCGUACAUAACGACAUUUACAAUUUGCACAAAGACAACCCCGAAGCGAAUAUCGAGUUCAGGAUUGAAUUUAUAGAAGUUAAUAUGUCGAAUGAUGACGUAGACCCUAAAACACAUUCUAUAGUGAUAGAAGACGUUUGCGAGGUUAACAAGACAGCGAAGGAAAUACAGCACGUCAAUACUGAAGAUCACGUCAUUUGCGAGGAAAAGAAGAAGGAAAAAAAUGAAACAUCAAAGCCGCGGAAGCGAAGUUGGAUAUGGAAAUAUUUCGAAAAACUUGGCAACAUUAAAUAUCGCUGUAAUAUUUGCAAGGUCGUCUUGUCGGUUAAAGGAACGAGCACUACCAACUUGAAGAGGCACGUGAGGACUCGGCAUCCACAUGUUUACAUACGAGAACUAUCAAAGAUAAAAUCCAGCACUGAUUCGGAGUUACGUCUUGAUACUGACACUGCCUCUCAUUUACAAAAUAGAGGAAUCAAUGCUAACGAUCAUAGAGUCGAUGGUCUAAAUGAAGUUUCUUUGGUUGACAAUAUGGAAAAGAAGAAGUUCAAGUACAAUGUAAAUCAGUCGAAGGCCUCGGGAAAUCGCUUACGUCGCAGCUGGGUCUGGUCUUAUUUCAAAAUCGUGUCGCCGACUCACGCGCGCUGCAAACUCUGCGGUCGGCUGAUCAACCACGGUCGCUACUCGUCCGGUAACUUGAACCGCCACCUGAACGUGGUCCAUAAAAAAAAAACCCAGCCGCCUGAAACACGAAGUAAAGGAUUGCGUCGCAGUUGGAUAUGGUGUUACUUCAGCCGCGUGACGUCAAGCCAGGCGCAGUGUAAGCUCUGCAGCCGCCAUAUCAGCCACGCCGGCAACGCUAGCGGAAAUAUGAACAGGCAUCUCCGAAGAAUUCACAAUAAAACUGCAGAAUAUUACGAAACCGAAAAAAUCCUGGAAACGCAAUGGAUAUGGAAAGUGAUCGAUCGCUGCGACGAUGGGGGUUAUUCGUGCAAGAUCUGUGAAUUCCGAAGCGAGAAUGGAAGCGAAGAGAUAUCCAACCUGACCUCGAUGCUGGCACAUCUGAAGGCGGAGCACGGCAUCGUCUCCGGGGACCAGAUCAUUACCGAAGGCGAACAAGACGAAGACUGAUCAAACGAGGUACAAUUUCUAUUGAAUUGUGGGUAGCUACUUGUUUUCUAUAGCCAUUGAGGGUAGGAUUCGGGACAUUUGGGCAAGCAGAUUUCAUCUAGGUUAACGAAUCGUGUCGCUUCUCAAAUUAAAUAGUAUUGUCAUGUCAAUGUCAAGAUAAUUUUUUUUUUUUUAAUAUUAUUGAAAAUGCAGUAGAUGAGAAAAUCACCGGAAUCGCAUAUAAAAACGUUUUGA